AUGAAUAGAUUCCGUCAAGAUUCUCUACUUCAAGAAAAUGACUGUUAUACCCUCGCACACAAUUUGACUGAAAAUCAAAAACUUUACUACAUGGUGUCAGCACUCCGACAUGUUGUCUCUGGCGUCGGCGACGGCCGAGCGGACGGCGAAGCUGCUCAGCAUUUGUUGGAAGUUCAAAAUGCUAGUGGUGGUUCAGCCACGUCAGCUAAUUCGAUGCCACGUAGGAGCGGCAUUAAUGUGGAGUUGGGGAAGGGGAAGAAGAGGAGAAGGAGGAAUACGAAAAAGGAAUAUAGGGGAGAAUUUAGGGGGGUUAGACAAAGACCAUGGGGAAAAUGGGCCGCUGAGAUACGUGACCCGCAUAAAGCCCAACAACUUUGGCUUGGUACUUUUGUUACCGCUGAAGAUGCUGCUAGAGCUUAUGACAAAAAGGCUAUAGAAUUUAGAGGUGAAAAGGCUAUAACCAACUUUCCUAUUACAGAAUAUGCUGAUGAGUUUAACAAGUCGCCAACUGUAGUAAUGGAAGAAUUAAUACAAGUCAUUAAUGGUGUUGAGGUGGCUGUUAAUGGUGAAAAUAGUAUGCAAAAUGGUGAUGAGGACGACGACUUUUGGGAGACGUUAGAAGAUGAUGGACUUGUCAAGCGGAUCAAUAUGUUCUUCUGA